AUGUUAGUCCAAACAGGCUUAUACAUCAAUGGGAAGUACGUCCCCUCAUCGACUGGAGAGACCUUGACGAUAUACAAUCCAAACGAUGAAACUUUGGUCUCCAACAGAUGCCAGGCCGCCAAUGAGGUCGACGUGAACAAGGCUGUCGGCGCUGCGAAGGCUGCAUUCCAGGCAUGGAAGAACACCUCUGGCCUGAAGCAUGGAGCUAUAAUGUACAAGUUUGCUGAUCUUCUCGAAGAGCAUCGCGACAGAAUCGCAGCCCUGGAAGGCCAAUCAAUGGCACAGCCGCUGAAAACAGCGAGGAAUAACCUAAUCACUGCUAUUAGCAUUUGGCGGUACUAUGCUGGUUUGGCUAGUCGGAUUUUGGCGAGAGUGUUGUUCCUGAUGAGGAUGGAGUCUAUAAAAUCAUUCAAUACGAACCGCUCGGUGUCUGUGCCGGAAUUUGUGCAUGGAACGGUUGCCACCUUCAGACCUCCUGGAAGGCAGCCCCAGCUGUUGCGGCUGGAAACACCUUUAUCCUCAAAUCCAGUGAAAAGACACCAACUGCCGUGA